CCCCGUGUGAGGGGUGUUCUUUGGGGUGACGGUGUCAAACCGCGUGUGAAGGGCUGCUUGCCGGUAUCUGCCCUUUGGCAGCCGGCGAUGGCGCUGGGUGUGCUCAGCCCGAGCCGUGCCAGGGGAGCACUGAGCUGUAGGAGCAGCCCGGGGUCCAGCAGUUCCUCGCUGUAAUGUUCUGUGGUGCAGCCGUGGGCAGGGAUCCCUUCCCGAGGGAGGAGGCAGAGAAAGCCCGCACGAAGAAUUAAUUCAGUGUAACUCGAUCUGCUGCUGCCCCUGGAUGCUGGGAUGAAAUCCAGGCCGUUGGGUCUGGGCUGUUUGUGCUGGUGGCACCCCGACCUUGGGGCUGUACGAACCAGUCGUGCAGGCUGGAGGACUCAGGGAUGGUUUUCCUUGCACCAGCUGAUGCAGAAUCCACUCUGAUGACACAGCUGGAAAAUUCCAGAGCCUGUUUCUGAGCUUCCCCACUGCCUGAUUAUCAAAGGACUCCCACAGACAACAUAAAGGGCUCCAGAGCAGCAAAGUCAGAGCUGCUUUUUCCCAAGUGGUUUGUUUGCUUUGGGCUCAAUCACCUUUAACCCCUUUAUUUUCAUCUUCUCUUUGAAAAAGGAAAGGAGCUCUCGGUAAAAAAUGUCGUGGAUCAGAGAGGGCGAGCUGAGCAUCAUAGAGAGGUUCUGUGCCAACAUCAUUAAGGCAGGUCCCAUGCCCAAGCACGUCGCCUUCAUCAUGGAUGGCAAUCGCCGCUACGCCCAGAAGUGUCACGUGGAGAGGCAGCAGGGACACUCUCAAGGCUUUGAUAAGCUGGCACAGACCCUGCGGUGGUGCUUGAACCUGGGCAUUCGGGAGGUGACAGUUUAUGCCUUCAGCAUUGAGAACUUCAAACGCUCCAAGGAGGAGGUGGAUGGGCUCAUGGACCUGGCCAGGCAGAAGUUCAGCCGCCUCCUGGAGGAGCAGGAGAACCUGAAGAAGCACGGGGUGUGCAUCCGUGUCCUCGGGGAUCUGCCCCUCCUGCCCGUGGAUAUCCAGGAGCUGAUUGCCCAAGCUGUGCUGGCAACCAGGAACUACAACAAGUGCUUUCUGAAUGUCUGCUUUGCAUACACAUCGAGGCAUGAGAUCAGCAAUGCUGUCAGGGAGAUGGCCUGGGGGGUGGAACAAGGACUGCUGGAACCCAGUGAUGUGUCUGAAUCACUGCUGGAUAAAUGUCUGUACACCAACAACUCCCCUGACCCAGACCUGCUCAUCAGAACCUCUGGAGAGGUUCGCCUCAGUGAUUUCCUGCUCUGGCAGACAUCCCAUUCAUGCCUGGUGUUUCAAUCAGUCUUGUGGCCAGAAUAUUCCUUUUGGAACUUGUGUGAAGCUAUCCUUCAGUUCCAGAUGAACCACAGUGCUUUGCAGAAGGCCAGAGACUCCUACCUGGAGGAGAGGAGGCGACAGCAGAUGGAGAGGGACCAGGCUUACGUGAGCAGGAAGCUGCAGCAGGAGGGGAGCUCGUCCCACGGGGACUCGCGGCGCCGGCGGACGCUGCUGCAGAAAUGCACAGCCCUGAGGGAGGAGAGGAUCCAGGGCUUCCUGCAGGCCCUGGAGCACAAGAGAGCAGACUUCUUUGAGAGAUUGUGUCCAGUGUCUGCCUGACACAGGUGCUGGGCUCUGGGGAGCACACUGUUCACAGGGAGCAGCUGCUGCCCACAGGGACUGGCU